AUGCCCAACUCGCAGACUUUCCAGUGUCCCCAUUGCUCACACCCAGUCUCUAUCUCUGUCCUCAAACCGAGCGUUGUCGGCCCCGAUAUUGGAGUGUCCGACACAGCACACGCUGCGGCUGGCAGCCCCCGAAUCCAAGCAGCAGUAUUAGGCAAGCGCAAACGUCAAGAGGACGAGUCGCCAGUAGACCAAGCUUGUACGAGCUGCCACGAUAAUAAAAAGAAGUGCAGCCAAAGCUUACCUUACAAGCGCUGCCUUGAUUCAGGCAAGCAGUCAUGGGAGUGUAGAUACGCACCUCCCAACGAGCGAUACAAACGCGGCAAGAAGUCAAAAGGCGAUGGGCGUGCUUCCAAGCGACCUCGAGUAACGGACGACUCCAUCAUAACAGCAGGAAUGCCGUCGCUCUCGGCGCAUGCCACGGCAUAUAAUGCUGUUACUGCCCUCCCGGACAACCCAGGUCCCGUUCUGGAUCUCCAGCAUAUCGGUCGUGACUACACAUCCCAGGCCGCGGACCCAUUGCUUUACAAGUCAUACCUCGACACGAUGACGUCUUUCAACCCACAGGUUCCACAGCUCGCCUUCCCAUUCUUCGACAACGAGAGGGGAAUGUCCGGCGUCCCAGUCGCGCAGACGUCCCUUGCUGGCCAAACCCCCCGGUCAUGUGGCGUUGUCCGCGAGGCGAACUCAGAGGCACCUCGAAGCCCCAAGGGGUCACUUCCAUCUUACAACGUCCUUGGACCGUGGUGA